CUUGCUCUCUCUUUCACUUUCCACUUCUUCAAGUUACAGCAAAUGGUCAGCAUGAGCUCCAACAAUCUCAAGCUAACCAAGCUUUACAGUACCCUUGGUUUAUAUACUGGCACCACAGCGCUUGAAGUUCGAAAUGCAUACUUGAAGCUGGCUCGAAGAUAUCAUCCAGACAAAAACCCCAACGGACAGGCCAUGUUUAUUGAAAUCUCAAGUGCUUAUCACAUCUUGGUCGAUCCUGAACGCCGUGCGCAGUUCCUCGACAUUGAUGAUGACCACAUGUAUCGCGCUCAGGUGACAAACUACGUUGAUGCCUUUGCUGAAAUAAUUGCUGAGUCUGUCAGCCGUCAAUCAGAGAGACGUCGUUUUGAGAAAUCGUGCAGGGAUGCUGACAUUGGCUUGAAUCUAUAUGUACACCAAACUGUUUCGCUUGAAGAAAUUUAUCUUGGACGGGAACUGACCAUUAAAUAUGUACGCAUGGUCAUAUGUCAGCAAUGUCACGGACGUGGCAAAAAGCCGACCCAAGUGCAAUGCAGCAACUGUCAAGGCAGAGGCAAAGUCAACACUACUCGUCGAAAGAAAAAGAAGCGUGGCUACACCUACAGUGUUGUUGAUGUAUGCUGCAGACUAUGCUCGGGAUCAGGUCGCGCUGGUGAAUUCAUAAAGUGUGACAAGUGUCAAGGCGACAGAUACGUCGAAGCUCAAGCGACUGUCCAGGCCAAAAUACCUAUGGGCGGUCCUAUCCAUGGCAAGUUGCGCAUUCCUAAGCGAGGCCAUGAAACGCUUGGCGAGCGAACCGUCUUGAGCGACUUGAUUGUCUUGGUGCACCUGCGUCAUCAUCCUCAGUUGUCUUGGAUAGGCGGUUCGACCAUCAUGGCUCGUGUAUCCAUCUCCUUGACAGAGGCAUUACUGGGUUUUGACCGUGUGCUGUUUGAGCAUUUGGACGGCCGCAAGAUCAAGGUAUCGCAUCCAGCUAGCAGAAUCAUCCAACCAGGCACGAUUAAGCGAAUUCCUGGUGAAGGCAUGCGGUUCCUUGCCGCCACGGGCAAGCAGAAUGGUGAUCUUAUGGUGCAGUUUAAAGUGGAUUUUCCAGACAAGCUUACAGCCCUGUCGUCCGACAAAGUCGAUCAAUUGGCAAGUAUUCUUGGUCCUUUGCGCUUAUCGAACGACGCACCAUUCCAGUUUGAACGUUCUACUGAAAAUGGCUCGCUGUGUGGUCGCUAUCGCGCUUCUCACUCUGAUGCGUCUUCCACGAUGAAUGGGUCCAAUGACAUUGUGAUCGAGCGAAGCAUGAUCGACGACACUUUGGAUGAUGAUAUUGACACGGACUUGCUUCAGAUGCGCAGGGAUGGAUUCUGUGCUCACUGCGGCACGACGCCCCUGUUUGACGAAAAGAUGUUUGGGGGCAUGGCCACUUGCUGUGCCGACAGUACUGCUGAAUUGCUUUUUGAUUCUGCUGAUGUCUUUGGUACGGACAGCGACAACGAUGCUAUUUUCAACGAAAACAUCUACGGCUAAUGGAAAAGGAAUUGCUAUCAGGCAUUUAUAUGAAAAAAAUCCAACAGCAACUGAAAAACAUUAGUUUUGCUGCAGUACACACCAUAUGAAACUGGUUGCAUUAGUGUCUGAUCAAUAAAAAAGAAAGUUUGCAUGUUUCAAAGGGAAAUUGACGAAGUAACCGGAAAAGAUGCUUUGUGCAUGACGCAAGAUGCGUGGCAGAUGGUAGUACAAGAAGCUGCAGGCGAUCAUUUAAGCUCUUACUGUUCUACGUUCUGUGACUUGGGAAAAUGCAUUUUAAAGGCCUCGGAUGCCACGAUGCAUGGUAUCCGUUUUU